AUGAAAUUAGGAUACAACGAAAUAAUGAUAACGUCAAUGUUUUUCGAUGAUAUUAAAGAUUUUAUUAAUUUAGAAAUUGGAGUUAAAAGAUUUCAAGGAAAUAUGGAACGAUUUCAUUUUAAUCCAAUUCCAUUAAAUGAAUAUUCAAGAAAAUUAUUUCCUAAUAUUGAAACAUUUCAUAUUUAUAAUUAUAGUGAUAAAAUAUUUAAUGAUGGAAGAAUAUUUAAAAAAGUAAUAUGGUAUUUAGUAGAUUAUUCAACUUAUUUAAAAGAGAAAAGAAAUGGGAGUGAUUGCAAAAAUAUAACAUAUACAAAAUAUGAUCGAAAUAUAUAUGGAAAUAUAAUACCACCAGAAGUUACAUCACUUGGAUAUGAAUGUUUUGCUAGAAUGUAUGGGUUGUUAACAAUUAUUAUACCAACGAUGAUUAAAAGAAUAGAAGAUAAUUGUUUUGAAGAAUGUAAAUCAUUAAAAUCAGUCAUAAUUCAGUCAACACUUUAUGAAUUAGGAAGUGAGUGUUUUUAUGGAUGCACAGGAUUAACAAGUAUGGGGAUAGAGAAACUCCAAUUUAUUAGUAAAGAAAGAAUAUUUAUGAAUGAACCAGUGUUAAUCAGCAUUAAAAUACCAGAUAAUCUGGAAAUAGUCAAUGGAAAAAGAAUUAAAAAGAAAGAUAUUAAUGAAUUUAUUAUUCCAUCUUCAAUUACUAAAUUAGGGAAUAGAUGUUUUAUUUUAUGCACAACAUUAACAUCAAUUAAUAUACCAACACCAAUUAAAGAAAUAGGAGAUGGGUGUUUUUUAAAUUGUGUAUCACUGAUAUCAAUUAAUCUUCAAACGUUAAUCACUGAAAUUCCAGAUAAUUGUUUUAAUGGUUGUAUUUCACUAAGUCAGAUUAAUAUCCCAACAUCAAUUAAUAAAAUAGGAUUUGGAUGUUUUGAGAAAUGCUAUUCAUUAACAUUAAUAGAUAUCCCGUCAUUAGUUACUUCAUUUAACUGGGGAUGUUUUAGUGAUUGUGGAUGUGAAAAUGAAUUAAAGAAUAAUGAAAGAAUACCAAAAAAGUGUUUUGAUACUUGGUAA